ACAGUCCACCACAGUCGUUGUUCACUCCUGUCUCUACUCGUUAACACCUUAUUAUUUUGCCUCUUGUUCCAGUUCGGUUGCAGCUCUGACGGAGUGCAUGAGCAAUAAAUCUCUGGCUAAGUUCUUUCGGGAGCGGCAGGCGUCGUUGAAGCGUUCGCUGCCUCUCGGCUCAUACCUGCUGAAACCUGUUCAGAGGAUCCUCAAAUACCACCUGCUGCUCCAGGAGAUAGCGAAGCACUUUGACCCUCAGGAGGCGGGCUAUGAGGUGGUGGAGGAGGCCAUCUACACCAUGACGGGCGUGGCUUGGUACAUCAACGACAUGAAGAGGAAACACGAACACGCCGUCAGACUGCAGGAGGUUCAGUCUCUGCUGCUGAACUGGAAAGGUUCGGACCUCACCACCUACGGAGAACUGGUUCUGGAGGGAACCUUCAAAGUUCACCGUGCCAAAAAUGAGAGAACGCUGUUCCUGUUCGACCGCAUGCUGCUGAUCACAAAACGCCGCGGAGAACAUUACAUCUACAAGACGUACAUCUCUUGCUCCACUCUGAUGCUGAUUGAAAGCGCCAAAGACUCUCUGAGCUUCAGUGUGACUCAUUACAAACAUCCCAAACAGCCUCACACAGUUCAGGCGAAGACGGUGGAGGAGAAGAAGCUGUGGGCUCAUCACAUCAAACGCAUCAUUCUGGAGAACCACCAGGCCAUCAUCCCACAGAAGGUCAGACACCACCAACACCAGUAUACACUCCAGUACACGCACCAGUAUACACUCCA